UUAUGAUAGGAAUGUUUACUUCCGUUUAAUGUUUGGAGGGAAAAUUGAUUGCAUAAAAUGAAGAUUGUCACCUUGUUAAUGAUAUUGGUUAACAUAUCUAUGGAAAUCUAAUCAUAUUUGAAUUGUAAAACUACCCGUUAUGUCUAGACGAGGCAAAAAGAGGGUUGAUUACUCUCACUUUGGAAUGCUGGAUGAAGAUGAUGAUGAUUUUGCUGAAUUUACUCCUCCUGCAUCCAAAAAGAUCAAGACAUCCUCUUCAAAACCUGAGGGAAAACCCAAAGACAAAACUUCAAGUAAAAAUGAGAAAAACAAGAACAGUAGAACAGAGAGAAAAUCCUUAAAUCGUCCUAGAGUAGACGAUGAACUUUUUGAAAAUGAACUUCAAAUGGCAUUGGAAAUGUCCAUGAGUGAAUCACAGGAAGUGAAAGAAGAGAGCCCUCUGGUGGACAGUAAUAAAGAAAAUAAAGUGGAGGCCAAGGUGGAAUCCUUAGAGCAUGCAAAGAAAGGAGAAGAUUCCCCUAAUGUUGUCAGUGUAGAUGAUGAAGUGAAGGAAGAUAACAAACCACAUAAACCAGCCAAUACCAGUGAUGAUGAAAUAGAGGUAAUAGCCACAGAUAUUACAGAAAGCAUUAAACCUAGGAGAACACCAGCCCCUAAAAAAUCGAAACAGCAGGAAGAGAGUGAUUUUGAAGAUGAUAUGGAUGAUGUUUCUAGUGAUGAUGACGACGAUGAUGAUGAAGAUUACAGUGGAGCGGACAGUGAUUUUGAUGACUGUAAAAAGAAAUCCAAGUCUAAAGCAAAGACAAAACAACCAAAAAAGUCAGCAGCACCAGCAAAAGUGAAAGCAGCACCCGUCUCUAAAGUGAAAGUAGCAACAGGAAAGACUUCUAAGCCGAGUGUGCCAAAAUCAUCGGUGAAAACCCCCACCCUGAAAACGUCUAGUACAGCUAAACCUUCAUCUUCAGUGACCAGACCUAGCCCUGUCAACAGACCUCCCCUGACCAGUCCCUCACCCAGAUGGAACCCUCCAGGUCCUGCAGGAAACAAGAAAAGUGACACAUCCUCUAUAUGUUCUCCAACCUCAGGCUUAAGACUCGGGCUAUCACGGAAUAUGAAACUCAAACCACUGCACCCCAAUCUCCAAGUUCAACACUGAUAAAGUCAAUUAGUGUUUUUACAGAAUUUAGUACUUGUGAAUAAUAGAAAUGUGCAUGGAAGAUCAACGCAUACUGGUCCAAUAGAUUCUACACACAAUGCAAAUGGGAAAUUUUGCUUGUGCAUAAUUUUUUUUAGAUCAUGGUGUAUGAGGAUACUUUAAGAAUAAGUUUGUUAAUCACAAUUCUAUGAAUACAUGCAAAGCUUUAAUUAUUUAAAGUAUUUGUUUAUCUCCACAAUAUUAAAUAUCUGAUCAAAUUACUCCAAUAUUUUAUUGGUGGCCCCUUAAAAACAGAAUUUUUUUUCUACACAAUUUUAAUGCAAAAUUACAGUUGUAAAUGAAUAUUUACUUGAAAAAUUGAUCUCUCUAAUACAUAUGUAAAACGAUUUCCUAGACAUGGUACAUUUGAGCUGUCAUGGAGAAACAGAAUUAAUUUACACUUCUUUAAUUUUAAUAUUCAUUUAAAUAAAUAUGUAUAAAGGAGAAAUAGUAUUUUUUAAAAUACUAUUAGCAAUUUUUCCCAUGGUUACCAUUAACACUGUUCUGUCCUUUACCACUAAUAUAGGAUGGAUAGAAGAUAUGACACCUUGUCUUUGACUUGUAACUGAGGAUAACAUUUUAUUGGCAAAGUUGAUGUGGUUGUUUUAAUUUUAUUUGAGAUUUUAAAUAUGACAGUUUUGUUAUAUUUUUUCCAUCCUUGAUGCAGAUAUUUUCAUUAAACCCAUUUCUUACUUGAGGUUAUGAAAUAUAUAAAGAAUAUAUUUGGUAUAAUUCAAACCUCUGUAAUUUUUUAGCAUAGCAUUUGAAAAUAAAACAAGAUAAAAGCAAUCGUCUUUGGAUUGUGAUAAAAAAAAACUUUAAAAGAAAGAAUUUUUAAAUGUUCAAAUUAUUUAUUUUCUGAAUAAAUAGAAUUCUACAAAAGUCA